UGGCGGUAGCCGUGGUCGGGACUGGGCGAGUUGGAGCGAGCGGCGGCGGCGGUACAGCUGCGGCGGCAGCAUGGCUUCGUCACAGGGAAAGAACGAGCUGCUCUUCGCCGACUGGAUGGCAGCGCUGCCCGGCAGUCUCCACAGCACCCCGCUCACCAACCUGGCCAUCCCCGGGUCUCAUGACUCUUUCAGCUUCUACAUUGAUGAAGCCUCUCCAGUUGGGCCUGAACAGCCGGAGACAGUCCAGAAUUUUGUGUCAGUUUUUGGCACUGUGGCUAAAAAGCUGAUGAGGAAGUGGUUGGCUACACAGACCAUGAACUUCACCAGCCAGCUGGGGGCAGGUAUCCGAUAUUUUGAUCUCAGAAUUUCCACCAAGCCCAGAGACCCAGACAAUGAACUCUACUUCGCUCAUGGUUUAUUCAGUGCCAAAGUCAAAGAAGGUCUGGAGGAGAUCAACGCAUUCCUCACUGAGCACCCAAAAGAAGUGGUCUUCUUGGACUUCAAUCAUUUCUACGGGAUGCAGAAGUGCCAUCAUGAAAAGCUUGUCCAGAUGCUCAAGGACACAUAUGGAAACAAAAUGUGUCCCGCUAUAUUUGCCCAUGAAGUCAGUCUCCAGUACCUGUGGGAAAAGGAGCACCAAGUGCUAGUGUUCUACCACAGCCCAGUGGCUGUUGAGGUGGCCUUUCUGUGGCCAGGCCAGAUGAUGCCAGCUCCCUGGGCAAAUACAACAGAUACGGAAAAGCUGAUUCAGUUCCUGCAGGCAUCAAUCACUGAAAGAAGAAAGAAAGGCUCCUUUUUCAUAUCUCAAGUAGUGCUGACGCCAAAGGCUAGUACGGUGGUGAAAGGGGUUGCAAGUGGUCUCAGAGAAACAAUCACAGAAAGGGCUCUUCCUGCAAUGAUGGAGUGGGUCCGAACUCAGAAAGCUGGAGAAAGUGGUGUGAAUAUUAUCACUGCAGAUUUUGUAGAACUUGGUGACUUUAUCAGCACAGUCAUAAAGCUCAACUAUUCUCUGGAUGAAGGUGAAGAUGACACUACUUGAUAGUACUGUGAUAUGUAUGUUGUUGCAUUAUUCAGAAUU